GCAUUUGUUUGAACAUAUAAAGGUAGAGGACGGCAUCUGGAAGACCCCACACAGCAUAAACUCCUCCUACAAGAACCACUUUUAUAUAUAAAUUUUUGUUUCUUCAUUCCUCUCAAAACCGCCUCUCUCAUUCUAAAUUGCACCACGCCUUCCUCUGCAUUUGUUCUACUCUCUCUCUCUCUCUCUCUCUCUCUCUCUGUGUUAGAAGUUAGAAAAAGUUCCACAUCUUCUUUCAAAACACUUGUCUUUUUUAUCUUCUUCAAUCUCUCUCACUAUAUAUUCCAGAACAGAGCAUCGUCAAUGGAAACCAACAAGUUUGCAAGCAUUUUGCAUAGAAACACCAACAAACUCACCCUUAUUCUCGUCUAUGCCGUACUAGAAUGGACUCUGAUCGUACUUCUCCUUCUUAAUUCUAUGUUCUCUUAUCUGAUCAUUAAAUUCUCCGAUUACUUUGGCCUCAAAAGGCCCUGCUUAUGGUGUUCUAGGAUUGAUCAUGUCUUAGAGCCUGGAAAGAGUCAAGUUUCUUAUAGAGAUCUUGUUUGUGAAGCUCAUGCCUCUGAGAUUUCCAAGCUGGGUUACUGCUUUAAUCAUCGAAAACUGGCCGAGUCCCAUCAUAUGUGCGAGGAUUGCUCAUCCUCAUCGCAACCUGAUUGUCCAGAAUUAUCAAAAAGGUUUGCUUUCUUUCCAUUAAUAAACAAGAUUGGUUUUAUUCAGAGUAGUGAUCAGAAACUCGGUGGAAAUGGGGAGGAGAAUUUGAAUUGCUCUUGCUGUGGCUUAAACUUGGAAAGCAAAUUCUACUCUCCUUGUAUGUUGAUUAAGCCUUCUUGGGCGGAUUUCGAUUUCUCCCAUAAAGAGAAUUUGAUUGCGGAAACGGGGGUUGACUCUCAAACUAAUGAAUGUGCACAUUCGGAUCGAAGCAGUUCGAAUUCCGAGACUAGUCUACGCGAAGAUGAACAAAGUAGCGGAGAAAAUAAGGAAAUUCAGAUUAUUUCUAUUUCUGAUUUUGGAAUUGAUGGUUGUUCUGGUAAAAGAGAACAGGAGGCAGAGGAGAAAUGUGCUGUAUUUGACUUUGGCUGGAAGGAACUGGUAGCUGUUGAAGACGACAAAAUGGAAAUCGUUAAAGAAGAAAUGCAAGUGCUCGAAAAGGAGGAGAAUUUCAUUGAAUCCAUGGAUGAUCAGUCUUGUGAUCAGUCUAUGGCUCUUGUCAAUUUUAGUAAGGAAACAUCCCAUGAAACUUGGCCUCAGCAUCUCGAGUUUUUCAUUGAUGGUGAAGAUUGUACAUUGAUUGCAGUUGAAUCGAUUGGCACUCCUGCCACCAAAGACGGAGAUCAACCAAGAUAUGGAGCGGAUGAACAAGGAAAUUGUGAUUCAGACGUUAUUUUGGAAUUUAAUAUGCAUGCUGAGGAACACGCCGAACCGUUGUCGGAGAAUUGGCAGUGUUCAGGAGAGAAUUUGGCCUUACUUUCAUCCCAUGAGAGCAAGGAGGCGCCCAAGGUUGUAGUGGUUGAAUCCGUAGUGAUGGUUGAGACUGACAGUACCUCUGUAAUGCAUACAGAAGGAGAUUUCUCAGAUUUAGUGAGGGAAGAAUAUGAACAAGCUGCUAUUCCUCAACCAAAUCAAAUGCCGUCAAGUGCAGAAACAGCAAGAGAAAUGGAUUCAGAUGUUCAUAUAGCAUCUGGAGAAGUAAUUCAAACGCAGAGCUGUGAAUUUGAUGCAGAGAUCUCCAGAGGGGCAGAGAUUCUUCAUCCGAAACCACUUGAUGAGGCUCAACCCCAAGAGGUUCAUAAGAGCUGUGAAUUUGAUGCAGAGAUCUCAAGGGGGCCAGAGAUUCCUGAUCAGGAACCACUUGAUGAGGCUCAACCCCAACAGGUUCUUCCUUCAUAUGAACACAGGCAACAAAAUCCUUUCACCAGCUGUGUCAUAUUGCACGUCAAUGAUGAUAAUGGUCCCAAGCCAGCUGAAGAAGAGGUUUUUUACUUCAAAACCAUCUCAGUAGAAAGUAAUAAGCAGGAAAUAAACAAUCAUAUAUCGGUACGUUCAGAGCCUAAUGAAAUAGAGGAAGAAAAGGUUCCUGAUACACCUACUUCUAUGGAAAGCUUGCAUCACUUGCACAAGAAGUUGCUAUUGCUUGAGAGGAAGGAAUCAAUACCAGAAGAGUCCUUAGAUGGAAGUGUCAUUAGUGAGAUAGAAGGAGGUGAGCUAACCAUUGAGAAGUUAGAGUCAGCAUUGAGGGCUGAAAGGAAGGCUUUGAACGCCUUAUAUGCAGAACUAGAAGAAGAGAGAAGUUCUUCUGCUGUGGCAGCUAACCAGACAAUGGCAAUGAUAAACAGGCUCCAGGAAGAGAAGGCAGCAAUGCAAAUGGAAGCAUUGCAAUAUCAAAGAAUGAUGGAAGAGCAAUCUGAGUAUGACCAGGAAGCUUUACAGCUUCUGAAUGAGCUCAUGGUCAAAAGGGAAAAAGAGAAGCAGGAGGUGGAAAAGGAGUUGGGAAUGUAUCGUAAGAAGGUCCAGGAUUAUGAGGCUAAAGAAAAAAUGAGGAUGUCGAGGAGAACAGAUAGUAGCACAAGAAGCAUUGCUUCUUGUAGCAAUGCUGAGGACAGUGAUGGACUAUCGAUUGACCUGAACCAUGAAGCAAAGGAAAGAGAUAGUUCCUUUGGCAAUCAAGAAAGUAGCAACCAAAACACUCCCACUGAUGCUGUUGUUUAUUUGGAGGAGUCCCUUGAAAACUUUGAGGAAGAGAGGCUAGCAAUUUUACAGCAGCUCAAGGAGUUGGAAGAGAAGCUUUUGACAUUGAGUGAUGGAGAGGAACAACACUUCGAGGAUCUCAUACUGGGUGAGAAUGGAAAUGGAUACCAUUAUAAUUCAGAUGCUGACAUUGAAGCAAAUGCUUUUGAAAAUGGUCAUUCCAUGGAAAUGAAUGGAAAGCAUCAUCACGAGAUUAGAAUCAAAGGGUCAAAGGCAAAGACACUUCUUCCCCUUUUUGAUGCUAUUGUUACAGAUGGUGAAGAUGCUUUGGGGAAUGGACAUGAACAAGGGUAUGGUCCUGAUCCAUUUCAAACAUCCUUAGACGUCAAGUUUGAAAUGGAGAAUAAGCUUGCUAUAAAAGAGGAGGUAGAUAAUGUAUAUGAGAGGCUUCAAGCACUUGAAGCAGAUAGGGAGUUUCUGAAGCACUGUGUCAGCUCCUUGAGCAAAGGAGAUAAGGGAUUAAAUCUUCUCCAAGAGAUUUUAGAACAUCUUCAUGAUCUUAGGGGUGUGGAACUCCGAGCCAGGAAGAUGGGGGAUGGUCCUUUCUAUUGACCUUGAGCUUAAGUAUAUUCAUGAAGAUUUGUCAGGUAUAUCCAUCCAUGAAGAUUAUAGGUGACUAUUCUGUGUUUGUUGCUCGUUUUCUCCAACAAUUGAGUUGAAAUAGCAUUUGUUGACAAGUUUUGUGCUGGUUUCUCUUUGGAGUUGAUUGACACCUCCAAAUCAGGACAAAGAAAUCCCAACUUUUGUUUCUGGUAUGGUAUGUUUGGUGUCUUAGGUGGACUGCAAAACUGAAGUCUGCCUUCUAAAGAAAAAGAAACCAGCCUUUUUUUUUUUAUUUUUUUUGGUGUCCAAAUGAACCCAAAUUUUUGUGGGUAGUGCCCAUCACCACCUUUUGAGGGAAAGGAGGAUGAUGUGUAUAUGUGUGUAUAGGCUAGUGAUAUGAAGCCACCCUGUCAUUUAUAUGUUGUGAGGAAAGGUCUGGCUAGCAAGCUGGAGAGAUCCAACAAAGAUUCCAGUGCCAGGCACAUAACAUUAGUUUUUUAAGACACUUAGGGGUAGGCCACUCCUUUUUUGUCAUUUUUUAAUUUUUGGAGAGAAGGAAAAGGGGUAAGCAACCACUUCAUUCUCUCUCAUCAAUGCAUUAUUGCAUCACAUGAGGUUUGUUUAUUAUUGAGGGGAAAAGCUGAGUUACUUGUAUACUUCAUACAUCCAUUGUAAGAAUAUAAAACAGAGUGUUUGUUUGUUCAUGGAUUCA